GCUCAAACGUUUUCACCCAUCGGCGCCUCCUUGGGAAUGAGCUGCAAGUUCUGUCAAUUCCCUUAAAACGGAACGUUUGGGAGAGUAACUUUUUCUCCCUCUCUCUUAAUUCGCCUUUGAAGCGGGACUUGCUCUGCUUAAACCCUUGCUGUGGUUUCCCCUUCUUCGAAACAGAUACUAUUACCAAAGAGGCAUUUUAGCCAAAGUGGAGGGCCAACGCUUGGUGUACCAGUUCAAGGAGAUGCCAAAGGACAUCAUCUACAUCGACGACGUAGAUCCCAAUUCCGGCCUCGACUCUCCGGAUUCCGCUUUGCUCUCCACCCCCGGGGCCAACCGGAGCAAAGCCAAGGCUUCUUCCAACCCAGGCUCCAAAGGGUCCGGCCCCCUCUUGAAACUGCCCUUCAACGCCAAGUCCGCCAAGCUGAAGCAGCCCUUGGAGACUGUAGCCCAGCCCCUGCCUCCUUUGACCUCCGAAGUGUUGACGACGAUGCAGUCCAGCCAUUCGCCCCACGCCGCUCAGCUUUAUCGGACAGUCCAUUUAAUGCCGUCGGUCCAGUCCAUCCAGGAAGGGCACGCGGCCGUCACCGGUAACUUGCUGGACGAAUCCCUGAACUCUUCGGUUCCAAACAUCAGGACCAUCCAAACCUCAGGCCAGGUUCCCGUCGUAGUCUCCCCCGGAAACCAGCAACUGCACACCGUAACACUCCAGACAGUGCCUUUAACCACUGUGAUCGCCAGCGCGGAUCCGAAUUCUUCGGCCACACCCCAGAAGUUUAUCCUACAAGCCAUCCCAUCAUCGCAGCCCAUGACUGUCCUCAAGGAGAACGUAGUUCUGCAGUCCUCCAAGUCGGUCUCCCCUCCGUCGUCCAUCGUUUUCAGCCCAGCUCAGGUCCACCAAGUCCUCACCAGCAACGUCCAGACAAUUUGCAACGGGACGGUCAACGUGGCCUCCUCCUCCUCCUCCCCCUCCCCGUCUUUCAGCACCGGCGCCUCCGUAGUAACUUUUACGCCCGGCGGUUCCCAUGGGGCAGCGCCCCAGCCCGCCUCCAACGCCGUCAUCACUUCGGUAAUCAAGGCCCCGGAAACCAAAACCGCCAUGGUGCAAGGGACAGUAAAACUGGAACCCGAAAAUUCGUUCGGGGGGGAGGACGACCCCCCCUUGGAGGCGAGUUUCCACCAACAGCCGUUUGUCGUCAUGGUGUCCGCUUCCAACGGGUUUUCUCCCGCGGUACAUAUCAAAGAGGAAAGCGAACAGUUCCAGCUGCCCAGCCCUUACGAGUAAACAAGAAGAAAAGUCAAAUGUUAUCCUUUUGCUCUUUUUUCCUGAAUGUGAUUGAAACGCCUCCACCAAUUGUGUAUGUAACUUUUGAUUCCAGAGCCAGGCAUUAUAAAGCUACCUUUUUUAGAAAAAAUAAUAAUAAUAAUUCUCGAAUUGUAUUUUAGAAGUAAACGCUGUAGAGUUGAUUUCCAGCUUUGUGGUUUCCUCCGCCGCAUAAAAUAUUAUAUGUUUUGGAAAAAAAAAAACAGGCAAAGCAUGAAGGAACAUGCAGUUUAUCUUUUCUUUUCUCUCUCUCUCUUUUUUGAUCACUGUCCAAAAAUUCUAAAUUUCUGUAUUAUUUGUCUUCUCUUGCAUAAUAAUGUAAUCAGUGCUUUCAAGCAAUAGCUAAUUUCAGGAGGGCGUUGGUUUUUUUUCAUGCCGUUAUCUGACUUUUUUUUUUUUAAGUAAAUUCCAAAGAUCUUUUUACUCAAUGUACUUAGAAUAUAUUUUGUUUUAUAUGGAUAUAUAAAGCAAUGGGCGAUCAGAUCUUCGUUUCAUUCAGUUGCCUUUUGCCCCAGUGAGAAAUCGUUUUGCAAAUUAGAAGCAUUUCCCUUCUAUCAACAAGAUAUUUUACCACCACUUAUGCAUUCUAUUUACUAUAUAUUUUCUAUUCUAAGAUGGACAAUAUCUUUGAUAAUGUGGCUCGCCAAAACGGGAGUCAUCACUACAGGUGCAAUUAUUUUUUCAAACCACUUAAAACUUUUUGAGGCAUGAAGAAACGUGCUGAUUUUUUUUUUGUUUGCAAUUAUUUUUAUAAGGAAAUGAAAAAUAGAACUAUAUGGGACUUAACCCAAGUAUUUUGAGAUUAAAAUAUUUCUACAAAGUACCUUUUCUAUUGUAAAUAUGUAAUUUAAUUUCUCAAAAAGAUUUUUUUCAUAAGAAAAAGAUAUUUCCAUAGAACAAUAUUUUAUAGAUACAAAUAAGAUUAUUAUGUUUAGAGCUCCAAAGUUAUACGUAUUCAUGUAUUGCAGAGUGAAUUUGUAUUUAAAAGGAAAAAAAAUUAAAUUGUGGGACCUCUUGAA